GGCGAGUACCUGGAGAUGAAGAACCAGGUGUGCAGCAAAUGUGCAGAGGGGACCUACUCGCUGGGCAGCGGGAUCAAGUUUGAUGAGUGGGAUGAGCUGCCGGCAGGAUUCUCCAACGUGGCGACUUUCAUGGACACGGCGGUUGGUUCGACUGAGAAUAAAGCCGACAGCUGCAGCAACUCUUCGUGGACGCCUCGAGGGAAUUACAUAGAGUCGAACAGGGAUGAUUGUACAGUUUCUCUCAUCUACGCUGUGCACCUGAAGAAAUCCGGUUCUGUCUUCUUUGAAUACCAGUAUAUUGACAACAACAUCUUCUUUGAAUUUUUUAUACAAAAUGACCAGUGCAAAGAGAUGGAGUCCACGGCAGACAAGUGGGUGAAGCUAACAGACAACGGGGAAUGGGGCUCUCAUUCUGUAACUCUGAAAUCAGGCAGCAAUAUAUUAUACUGGAGAACAACAGGGAUUCUCAUGGGGUCCAAAGUAGUAAAACCAGUUCUGGUGAAAAACAUCACAAUUGAAGGAGUUGCAUAUACGUCUGAAUGCUUCGCAUGCAAGCCUGGUACCUUCAGUGACAAACCAGGUUCAUCUGGCUGCCAGGUGUGUCCAAGAAAUACUUAUUCUGAGAAAGGAGCUAAAGAAUGCACCAAGUGUAAAGAAGAAAUGUAUUAUGCAGAUGAGGGAUCCAGUGCGUGUAUAGAGCGUCCUCCAUGCACAAACAAAGACUUUUUCCAGAUCCAUACCCCAUGUGAUAAGGAAGGAAAAACUCAGAUUAUGUACAAAUGGAUUGAACCCAAGAUCUGCAGAGAAGAUCUCCCAGAUGCAUUGACCCUACCUCCUUCUGGAGAGAGGAAGGAUUGUCCACCCUGCAAUCCUGGCUUUUACAGCAACGCCUCAUCUUCCUGUACUCCUUGCCCACCAGGAACAUUUUCGGAUGGGACACAAGAGUGCAAAGCCUGCCCUGCUGGGACUGAACCGGCUCUUGGGUUUGAGUACAAGUGGUGGAACAUCCUGCCAGGCAACAUGAAGACGUCUUGCUUUAAUGUUGGCAACUCAAAGUGCGAUGGGAUGAAUGGUUGGGAGGUGGCUGGUGAUCACAUCCAGAGUGGGGCAGGAGGCUCUGACAAUGACUAUCUUAUCCUGAACCUGCACAUCCCGGGAUUUAAACCUCCGACAUCGGUGACAGGAGCAACUGGGUCAGAACUAGGACGGAUUACUUUUAUUUUUGAGACCAUCUGUUCAGCAGAUUGUGUGCUGUACUUUAUGGCGGAUAUUAAUCGAAAAAAUACCAAUGUGGUGGAAUCCUGGGAAAGAAGUAAAGAGAAACAAUCCUACACUCACAUCAUCUCCAAAAAUGCUUCCUUCACGUUCACAUGGGCCUUUCAGAGAAUAAACGAGGGACAAGAUAGCAGACAGUUCAUCAACGACAUGGCGAAGAUCUACUCCAUCACAGUGACCAACGCAGUGGAUGGAGUUGCCUCUUCUUGCCGUGCCUGUGCGCUGGGCUCCGAGCAGUCUGGCUCAUCCUGCGUGCCCUGCCCAGCGGGACACUACAUUGAGAAGGAGACCAGCCAGUGCAAGGAGUGUCCGGCCAACACCUUCCUGUCCAUCCACCAGGUCUACGGCAGAGAGGCCUGCAUCCCGUGUGGGCCUGGCAGCAAGAGCACCAAGGACCACUCUGCCUGCUUCAGUGACUGCCUGGUGUCGUACGUCAAGGAUAACCAGAGCCUGAAUUACGAUUUUAGCAACCUCAGCCAGGUGGGCUCGUUGAUGAGCGGACCCAGCUUCACCUCCCGAGGGACCAAGUUCUUCCACUUCUUUAACAUCAGCCUGUGUGGGAAUGAGGGGAAGAAGAUGGCUAUUUGCACUGACAAUAUCACAGAUGUUACUCUGAAGGACAUGGUUGCAGAAUCAGAAGAUUUUUCCAACUUUGUGGGAGCUUUUGUCUGUCAGUCCACCAUCAUCCCGUCGGACAGCAAGGGUUUCCGAACAGCCCUGGCUCUGCAGUCCAACAGCCUUGCUGACAGGUUCUUAGGAGCUACUGUUGAAACAACGCUGGAAAAUAUCAGCAUCAAGACAGAUAUGUUUCCUCCCUCUCCAAGCAAAAUACCUGAUGUGCAUUUCUUUUACAAGUCUUCAACAGUGACAACCUCCUGUGAAAAUGGCCGUGCAACUGUUGUGACAAUGAGAUGCAACCCCAACAAACCAGACCAAGGAGAGCUUUCUGUGCCCAGCUCAUGCCCUGCGGGCACCUGCGAUGGAUGCACUUUCUACUUUGUCUGGGAAAGUGCAGAAGCUUGCCCUCUCUGCAUGGAGCAAGACUACCACGAGAUUGAGGGAGCGUGCAAAAAAGGAUUUCAGGAAACCUUGUAUGUAUGGAAUGAGCCAAAGCAUUGCAUUAAAGGGGUUCCCUUGCCAGAAAAAAGGACCAGCACUUGUGAAACAGUGGAUUUUUGGCUAAAAGUUGGAGCUGGUGUUGGUGCUUUCACAGCCGUUCUGCUCAUAGCCUUGACCUGCUAUUUUUGGAAGAAGAACCAGAAGCUGGAGUAUAAAUAUUCCAAAUUAGUGAUGACAGCGAACUCAAAAGAGUGUGAGCUGCCAGCUGCUGACAGCUGUGCUAUAAUGGAAGGAGAAGAUAAUGAAGAAGAAAUAGUAUAUUCAAAUAAGCAGUCACUGCUGGGGAAGCUCAAGUCUUUGGCAACGAAGGAAAAGGAAGAUCAUUUUGAAUCUGUUCAGCUGAAAUCUUCAAGAUCCCAGAAUAUAUGAAGAAUUAAUGCUGCCUUUGAAGAAACAAACCUAAUUUCUAUUUUUACAGGACCAUAUUUUAAACAUAUUCUGGCACACAUUGUAGUGGUGAUCUUGGUGAGAAAUGCUUGGCCAUUUAGGAGGAAAGCAGACAGGAAGCAAACCAGAAAAUUGGAUUGCCUUACCAUGUGAUUGAGUACCUUGCCAAAAAAGAAAGCAGAUGCUUGGAUUCCAUACUGGGAAUGAAACUCAACUCAGGAAGAGAUAUACAUACUGCAAAUAACAUUAAUUUUUUGCAUUCACCUGGGCAUCACUCAGGCAUGCCAUAUGAUUUAUAGGUACCUUUCAUUUCCUAUCACUCC